CAUAUUUUUCUACUUCUUGUACAGAAAAUUGUAGGAUACAUUCAAAAUGGCCAAGCGACCUGCCGACUCGGAGCAAGAGGUGGAGGCUAUCAAGAAUGGCGACCGUCCCAUGGAAGUCGACCAGAAAGACGAGGGACUAGACUUUGAAGAUGAAUUCGAGGAUGAGUUCGAGAGUGAGGACGAGAUUCUGGAAGCAGGUGUAGAUGGACGGCCAGACGAGGAGCGAGAGGCUGAGGAGCGUCAGAAUGCUAUGGAAGUCGACCAGGACACAUUCAUUCCCGGCCGCCACAAGCUUUCGGCAGGCGAGACACUCGCGCCCGAUCUGUCUACGUAUGAGAUGCUCCACACACUCGAGGCGCCAUGGCCGUGUCUGUCAUGCGACAUCAUCCCAGACAGCCUAGGCUCGGACCGCAAGACAUACCCCGCUACCAUCUACGCAGUCGCAGGCACACAGGCAGCGCAGGGGAGAGACAAGGAGAACCAGAUCAUGGUCAUGAAGAUGAGCAGUCUGUCGCGCAUGGAGAAGGAGGACGAGGAAGACGAGGAAGAAGAGGAAGACGACGAUGCAUCAGACCCUAUCCUCGAGACAAAGUCGAUACCGCUGAACAGCUGCACAAACCGCAUUCGCGCACACCAGUCGCCACAAGCCACGUCUGCGCGACCUCCGACAACACUCACAGCAGCCAUGAUGGAGUCCGGCCAGGUCCUCAUCCACGACGUAACACCGCACCUCACAUCCUUCGACACCCCCGGCACAACCAUCACCCCCACACAAAACAAGCCCGUCUGCACAAUCCGCGCCCACAAGUCCAACGAAGGCUAUGCGCUCGACUGGUCACCUCUGAUUCCCGAGGGCAAGCUCCUCACCGGUGACAUUGCAGGCAACAUCUUCACCACAACACGCACACAGGGCGGCGGCUUCGUGACAGACACAACCCCCUUCACAGGCCACAAAGGCACAGUCGAAGAGCUCCAAUGGUCGCCCACCGAGAGGCACGUCUUUGCGUCCGCCUCCAACGACGGCUGCGUCAAGAUCUGGGACGCACGAUCAAAGUCGCGCAAGGCAGCCGUCAGCGUGCAAGUCAGCAAAACAGACGUUAACGUCCUUUCGUGGUCGCAUCAGACAGCCCACCUCCUUGCCUCCGGCGCCGACGAUGGCGAAUGGGCAGUCUGGGAUCUGCGCCAGUGGAAGCCGUCCACAUCCAUGGACUCGUCUUCCAAGCCCUCGCCAGUCGCGAACUUCAACUUCCACAAGGAGCAGAUUACGUCGGUGGAGUGGCAUCCUACAGACGACAGUAUUGUGGCUGUUUGCGCGGGCGACAACACACUGACUUUGUGGGAUCUGGCGGUCGAGUUGGACGAUGAGGAGAGCAGAGAUACAGCGGGCGUGCAGGACGUGCCACCGCAGCUGCUAUUCGUACACUACAUGGAUCAGAUCAAGGAGGCGCACUGGCACCCGCAGAUUCCGGGAACGCUCAUGGCCACAGGAGGGUCAGGGUUUGGUGUGUUCAAGACAAUCAGCGUUUAA